AUGUCGCUCCCUUCCAACGUUCAUGUUUCCAAGCACCCGUGCUUGGUAGCUAAGCUGAGUCGUCUACGGUCUAAGAACACGGAAUCCAGAGAGGUCAAGUCUUUAAUAAACGACAUCUCCUUGAUCCUCGGCUGCGAAGCUCUAGCUACUUCGUUAACGCCUGUCGACGGGCCAAAGGGCGAGACUCCUAUCGGCUUCGAAUACACGACCACGACCAUAAAGCCAGAAGCUUUAUCAAUAGUGCCUAUCCUUAGAUCAGGACUCGGUAUGGUAGAAGCUAUACAAACUAUUCUUCCCGAACCGGUCCCCGUACAUCACUUAGGCUUGUAUCGUGAGCCCAGCACGCUCGAGCCCGUCGAAUAUUACAAUAAUCUCCCGCAUCACGUCUCCACGUCGACAAACGAACCGGGAACGAAUGCGUCAAGCCUAGCUAUCGUCGUAGAUCCCGUCAUCGCAACCGGCGGGACCUGUGCUGCCGCCAUACAGACUCUCAAGGAGUGGGGUGUUAAGCGCAUCAUCGUCCUAUCCGUUGUCGCCGCCGCUGAUGGUGUGCGACGCGCUGCCGAGGAGUGGCCCGAAGCUGUGGAGAUAUGGGUUGCCGGUGUUGACGCCCAGCUCACAUCAAACGGCAUGCUGAAGCCGGGUGUAGGAGAUGUGGGUGAUCGCUUGUUCUUGACGAUAGGAAAGUAA